ACUCAUGUAGCCAUCUUCGAUCGCUAUGCUCUGCGCAGAGAGGGAUGAACGACAGACUAAGCAGAAUGAACAAUCGACUCUGCUCUCUCAUCAUCACUAUGUCCUCAACAGCUGUUGUUUGGCCCAAGAAAUACGACGCCGGUCGGAAAUGGAUCCUUCUUCAUGCAGUGUACAGCAUCGCAGCAAGUACGAUCGGAGCACUCCAUCCAGACAUUGUAAUGAAAAUGAAUGAGUCGUUACUGGCAUUGAUCGAGGAGUACACAGGCCUGCCGCGCGUACCGAUUGAAACUCCCGAGCAGCAACAGUUGUUGGUGUAUGCUUCGGCAUUCAGUGUUGGCAUCGGUUCAAUUUACUUAUUGUAUGGUGGUCCAUGGUGGAAUCAUGGCGGUAAAGUCCUAGUGGAAGGCUCGUUCUGGACAAGAUUCAUGUACAUUCUGGCAUCUCUCGCAUUCUGUUUCCUAACGCCAUACGGGUCAUCUCUGUUAUUCUCCAUCGCAGCCAUCGACUUCGUAUCCAUUUUCUUGUUGAAAUGGGCUGUGGGACUGACUUGGGCAAAUUUGUUCCAUGGCGGGGCGAAGGUGGUGAACAUAACAAGAAAAGAUCUGUAAUAAUAAAGGACGAAGCUGCAAAUGUUAGUAGUUAGUAUUGAUGUACGCUCAUAAAGGAAGCGUUUCGAAACAAGUACUGUUUAUCAUGAG